CUCUACUAACUUUCUAUCAUAUCAUAAACAUGGAUGCUACCAUUGCUACAAAAGCCAUUCAAGAACUCUACACGAGUUACCGUGCUGCAGAACGCGCUUGGAUCAAUUCGAUUUCCACUUCAGAGUCCCAUGCAUCAUCUGCUGCUAUACAGGAUUGCUCACUUCACUAUGGAGAGUUAGCCUUUGUCCUUGCAGGUCUCAAACCAUGCGUCUUGGUUCAAAUGCCUACAUCCGAACUGACCCAAAGCUUGUAUCAUCAGGUCCUGGAGUCGUACUGGCUAAAAUUAGAUGUUUACAAACUUCAUCAACAACAAAAACAACAACAACAACAGCCUCAGCAGCAUCUGCAUAGACCAUUUUCAUUAGGACUAGAUUGUCGAUUGAUCACCCGAAAUAUCUGUUCUCCUGAAAUGUCACUCCAAGGCUGUGUCCUCAUCUGGUCCAACCAGACGAUCCAAUCCCAUCCGCAAACUGCAAUCAUCCAACACGCCAUCCAUCAACUCUUUUCUUCUCCUUCUCUCUCUUCAGAUAAUGCCACAAAUGUUAUUUCUGACCAUGAUUUAGCCAUUAUGCUCGAUAUUCCUGGUAGACUUCCAGAGAACUCUCUCGAGAUCCAAAACAUGAUAGAAGUCUCGUACUGGGACCAAAAAGACGAAAACUAUAGGACUAUGAGCAGCAGUCAUAGCAAUCAAAACAACAAUAGUCAUACAGAGGCCAAUGAUGACGAGCAAAUUAAAUCAACAGCCUCUUCUUCGCCAAUACUCUUGACAGCGUUCGCUGCUCAGCCUGAUCAGAUACCCGCAUACAAGUAG